AUGAGUCGGAAGGAGGCGGAGCCGGCAGGACAGGAUGGGUCUUCUUCGUCGGCCGCUGAUGGGGCAGGAGGAAGUGGCAGUGGCCGGGAGCUGGCGGAUGCGCUGGCGCGGCGACGUUUGUACCGGGAGGUGACGCUGGCGCUGCGCUCGGGGUUGCGCGACGCCAAGGCGGACUUCUCCUUCCUCCGCGCGCGUGGGCUCCGCAGCCUGCUCGGAUUCCUUCGCUCCACCGACUCCGCGGCCGACGACGCGCGGCUGCUCCUGUUCCGCCACUCCCAAUCCAUCCCCGAUCUCCAAGUUAUUCCUGUUCUCUUUCAGAAUUCGUUGCAUCAACCAAAGCAAGAUCCUGUUGUGACAUUGGAUCAUAUAUUUGGAACGGAACCAAUGAAGAUUACAAGCCCCCCUACGGAUUCCGAAAUUGCUCUUGCACUUAGAGUCUUGGAAGGUUGUUGCCUUUUAUAUAGCCGAUGCACAGCUCUGGCCCACAAAUACAAGGCUGUGAAGGUACUCUUGAAUAUAUUAGCCAGCCGAGGUCCAACUGAGCAAGGAGUUUGCUUGGACACACUGAUAUCGCUUAUGUUGGACUCACCCUCCAAUCAGAUGGAUUUCGAGGAAUACAGUGGACUUGAAAAGGUUGCUGAACUUUUGAAGGAUGUGCAAGUGGAAAGGCAUAUAAGACUGAAAUGCGGGGAGUUCCUAUUGUUGCUCAUUGGACAUUGCGCAUCACUUAUAUGGGCAGCAAGCCGGUUUGGCUCCACCUUGGAUGCAGAGCAAAGGCAGACGACCUUGCAAAUACAAGCAAUGAGAGUUGUGGAAUCCUUGGAACCCUACUAG